CAACAUGUUUUUGAAAGUGAUGAAGGAGCAUAAAACAGGUUGGCAGUUGAGAGAACAAUACAAAAAGUUGGGAAAUGCUCAUAGGAUAAAGGCUUCCGUCAAGGAGGCUGUCAAGAACAGAGUCAAUAGCAAACGGUAUAAGAUAGUUGCAGCUUGUCGAGGAAUUGAGGCAGACCAGAAGGGAAAUUGUCAGGAUGUUAAAAAAAAGGAUAAUGAUGAAUCAGAAACAGCUGUGGACAUCACAACAGAGGAAUUUAAACUGUAUGAUGCCAUGCUACCAGAGAUUGAUACGAAAGAGGAUGUUAUAACUUGUAAUGGAAUACCUAUGGAAACAGAGAAGUAUGUUUACGACAUCUACUAUACACCUCAAUCUGUUGAUUGGAUAGAAAAUAUAUGCGAGAUAGAAAAACAUCAUUUAGAGUUGUAUAAUGGAUCUGAUAGUGAAGAUGAGGAUGCAUUACAAGACGACGAUGAUGAGAAUGAUGAGAAUAAUUGGAGGAAUGAUUAUCCUGAUGAAUCUGAUGAUAGCCAUUAUUCGGAUGAAAUCGAUUAUUUGAAUGCACAAAUACGAAAAGUAUCGGCAAAGAAUUACGAUACUGAUGAGAGCUAUGAUGUAGACGAGUAUGAAGAGGACUUUGAUGAAGAUGGUAAUUUGAUUGAGUGUGGUUAUCCAGACUCUGGCAUGAAGCUUCGGAGAGAGAUCAGAGAGAUGUUGAGCAGUGACAAAGAUGACAGUGAGAGUGACUGAAUACAAGAUCUCAUUUUCUUUCACUAUUUUACUCUGUUGAUAUUAUACCAGUGUAAGGAUUCUGUGUUAGACUUCGUUGGAGUGAUGUGAACAGGACUCAGUGGGAAUAUAGGAAGGGGUUUUUGUAUUAUUUCCAUAAAUAAAUGAAUGUGGAAUGUACUAUCCAUAAAUCAUGACUAGAAAAGCACUGGCUCCAAGGAGGACAGUUCCAUGCUCAGGAUCCUAUUCCUACCAGCCGUGACUCGUGGCACAGGAUGUAUUACAGAAAAUUGAGUAUUACAAAAAAACAAAAAAUAACAAAUAACAAAAUGUUACU